AUGAUCGGAGACAUCCUGCUGUUUGGGACGCUGUUGAUGAACGCUGGGGCGGUGCUCAACUUUAAGCUGAAAAAGAAGGACACGCAGGGCUUUGGGGAGGAGUCGAGGGAGCCCAGCACAGGUGACAACAUCCGGGAGUUCCUGCUGAGCCUCAGAUACUUUCGAAUCUUCAUCGCCCUGUGGAAUGUCUUCAUGAUGUUCUGCAUGAUCGUGUAA